AUGGCGCCCCCAAAGCUCACUCUUUACAAAUGCAGAUACUGCCCCUACGCAGCCCGUGCGGUCCUCGCCAUGGCCGAGACGCAACAGGAGCACGAGGCUGUCGAAAUUGACAUCACAGUUCCCCGUCCUGACUGGUACCUCAAGGACAUCAACCCGUACGGCCAAGUCCCCUCGCUCAAGAUCGACGACAACCACAUUAUUCUCGAGUCCCUCAUUGUCGCAGAGUACAUUGCUGACCUCCAUCCCGAGGUUGGACUGCUCCCUGCGGACCCAUUGCAGCGUGCCCAGGCCCGCUACCUGAUCCAUCACUGGGGUGCACGUACCCAGGCCGCGAUCCACAGGGCGACCAUCACCCUCGACCCUGUUGAGGCCGCAAAGCUCCGUCAGGAGGUCAUUGUCGAGCUCGAGAAGGUCGAUGUGCUCCUCCAGAACGCAGUUCGCAGCCCUUCUCGGGAGCAUGGGCCUUUCUUCUUGGGAUCGAAAUUUACCUUCGCGGACCUCGCUAUCGCACCCCUGCUGGCCCGCUUCUUCUUGGUCACGGCCUACCAAAACGAUAUCACCUAUGACGAAUUCGAGGAGACCCUGCAAGAGAACCCCAAGUUGAAGAGGUUCCUGGAAUGGCGCGAUGCUGCUGAAUUCAUCAAGGGCUUUUACCGCAAGUUCCUUCCCAAGGCUGAAUAA